CUGAUAAUGGCUGCAAUCGAGGUGAAUACAGCGUGUGUAAAAAGAUUGGAUUUAAAGUAUGGGCAUUUUUAAAUGAAUCGCAUUAUUGAAAUGUAUAUGAUCGAUGCAGCGCCCAAUGAACUCUUUCUGUAAGAUCGAUAGAAGGCAGGGGGGAUUGGGAUACGCGCUAACUCGUAAAAGUUUGUCUCUGCCCUUUUGUUAAUAUCUGCUUUUAUGUGGGUCGCAACCAAACUAAGGUGAAAUGCUGCCUGUGUAAAUAUCUAUUCAAGGUUUGCCUGUGUUCCAAAAUCUAAGAGCUCUCAGGGGUUUCAUUUGUUGAUAUAAUACAUACUUCAAAAUAGGCCUUUUUGUGCAGAAUGAAAAUUUCACCUUUACAUUUAUUUACGGCAAGCAAUUUAAAAUUGGAUGUUUUGAUCCUGUUGAGUUCUUGUGAAUUAUGUAAUGUGUGUAAUUAUCAUGAAUUAUUGUGAAUCGUCAGAACUUAUUUCGUGAGUUUGGAAUAACCUUGUGAAUACGCUGUUUCCAUGGAUUGUAGUAAUUAAUGGAUUAACGAUGACAAAUGAACAAAACUCGAACAUUACAUUGUAGUUAAUUUUCCUGAUAAGGAUAGAUAAUGGCUGGAUUUGUUAAGAAAUGCCCGUGUCUGAGACCAAAGAUUCAGGAGGAAAUUUACGAGUUAGACUACCGCCACUGUAACCUCACUGAUGUCCCCGCGCAGGUGUUUAACUUUGAACGGACGCUAGAGGAGCUAUAUUUAGAUAACAACCAAAUUCAGGAUUUACCAAGGGAGUUAUUUUGUUGCCAUGGUAUCAGGAAAUUGUGUUUAAGUAACAAUGAGGUGACUAAUAUUCCUCCGGCAAUCGGAAGCUUGAUCAACCUUGAGGAGUUGGACAUCAGUAAAAAUGGUAUCAUUGAUAUCCCAGAGAACAUCAACUGUUGUAAAUGUCUGAGGUCGGUCAACGCCAACGUCAACCCACUGGGAAAGUUACCCGAGGGACUGACACAGCUAGGGAACCUAACACAACUCUACCUCAACGAUACAUUCCUAGACUAUCUACCAGGAACUUUCGGGAGACUACUGAAGCUGAAGGUAUUAGAGAUCAGAGAGAAUCAUCUGAAGACUCUGCCCAAGUCAUUCUCCAUGUUGACCUCACUAGAGAGACUGGACAUAGGACACAAUGAGUUCACAGAGCUGCCGGAUGUGAUUGGGAAUCUGACCAGCCUCUUGGAGCUCUGGUGUGACCACAAUCAGAUCUCAACACUUACUUCAACCAUUGGUAACUUGAAGCGGUUGAUGUUUCUAGAUGCCUCAUCCAAUCAUUUGCAGUCAAUUCCAUCAGAGAUAGAAGGCUGCAUCUCAUUGGGUGAUCUUCACCUGACAACCAAUAGAAUUCAGGCUCUUCCAGAAUCUUUGGGUAACUUGGAGAGUCUGACCACCCUCAAGAUUGACAACAACCAGCUGACGGCGUUACCCACCUCUAUUGGAGGGCUACAGUCGCUGUCAGAACUCAAUGUCAGCUGUAAUAACUUGGAGGAACUUCCUGCCAGUCUAGGACUCCUCAGGAACCUCCGCACCUUCUACGCUGACGAGAACGAUCUCCUGUUUAUUCCUGCAGAGAUUGGGAGUUGUAAUGGGAUCACAGUUCUCUCCUUACGGAGUAAUCACCUGGAGUACAUUCCUGACGAGAUCGGACGAAUCCCGAGACUUCGCGUCCUGAACCUGAGUGAUAAUCGACUGAAGUACCUCCCCUUCACGAUCACUAAACUGAAGGACCUACAGGCCCUCUGGCUGGCAGAGAAUCAGACCUGCCCUCUGAUCCCCCUGCAGUCUGACCAUGAGCCAGAUAACGGUAGGAAGAUUCUGACAUGCUACCUCCUUCCACAGUUAGGGGACGAGGACAGACCAUGUGAUUCAGGUCAGGGAGGUGACACAGACAGUUUUCACGCCUCAAUGUGGGACGAGGAGAGAAGCAGACGACAGACCAUUCACUUCGCCUUCCCUGAAGAAGAGGAGGAAGAGGGUACACUGGUUAGGUGUCCAACCCCCUACCCCAAAGAUAUGAGGGAAAAAAUUCGACAUGCGCGUAACAUGGCGAUGAGACAGAAGCUGAGUGGGGGACCGGCCGACGUCAGAUGGAGUGGAGGGAGAGACAACAGAGGAUACGAGGAGGAGACUUCUGCAUUGGUUUAUGAUAACCAUGGUGACGGUGACCUGAAUCGACAUCCCCGCCCGUCGUCACCGAUUGAUGCCCACCGACUGUAUCAGUGUGACAAGGAGAAGCUAGCAAAAGACAAAGCCCGACUUCAGCGCCACCACUCAGACCAAGAAUCUGAGAGAGAGGCUGCCAGGUCAAGGUCACCUGUAGGGGAGGUAACCACAGCCACCAAACCACAGCCUGCUCCCAGAAAAGGUUACCCAAGUAAAGAGAAGAACAGGAGAAGCCAGCAGGAUGAUGGGGGAUUUUCUGAGAGAGGACCGGCGACGUGUUUGGGGUCUAACACGGACAUUUCUACAAUGAAGGACCUCACAGCACCGGACACUCCCGUGUCAAAACGGACCCCGACCUUCUCUUACUGCUCUCCCUCAGAGCUCUCAUCUAGACUGUCACAGUUCAGUGACCCCCGGAGUGGUCACUCCCCCUAUAGUGCUAGUCCCUCAGGAAAAUCCCACCGUACCAGGGAUUACGAUUCAGACACAGGGUAUCGGAGUGAGUCUGAGUUUGUGAGACUACAGAGACAACAGAUGUACAAUCAUCAGGGUUUUGUGAGGGGAGGGUAUGAGAGUGACAGGGAUGGGUUAACGCCUCGGAAGGAACGGCAGCGAGAGGUGGGGUACUCCAGUGAUGUGGAGGGGUACUCAGGGAGGGUCAAAAUGGCUUCCUAUCAUUCAGGACCCACACCCAUACAGCAGCCAAACUCAGGUAGUGUUCAGUACCAAAGGAAUCAAAAUAAACCCUCCCCUAUAUACAGUUCUACAAAUCAAAAUUGGGCUUCCCAAAAGGUGCAGGGUACAUCUGCACCUAGUGACAAAAUGUCCGACCCUAGUGCUAGGUCUCUAGAAACCUCAGUAUUCAGUGACAGUGGGUAUAACCCCUCCUCCCCUAUGUUCCAUCGCAGUAAGAUUGUGGAUCAGAGUACACCGGUCUCUAGUGAGGCUCCCCACGGGUUCCGGUUCACUGGUCGGUCACGGUCGGGCAGUGACAGUGGGAGUGCCAGUCAGGAGGAGCAGGGGAAGGACUGGAGGAAGGAUUUCUAUGCCGUGAUGGAGCAGAAGAUGAACAGCUCUCAGACACAGCUCAAUCAACAGCAGGUAAAUGAGACGGCAUCUAAGGACCAGUCCCCCCAGUACAAAGCCUCACCCACCUAUACCUCAGUAUCACACAGGAAGCUUCCCCCCACCCCUAACAGAAACUCUCCCUACGGUGUGGUGAAUUACGACAGGAGGAACGCAAACUCCCCCUCCAUGUAUCAGCGCAUUUCUGAACUCGCCAUCACUGAAAAUGUGGUUCAAAAUCAUCGAUCAGAAUCGCCCUAUCAGAGACUUCCAUUAUCUCGUCAGAGUCCAAACCAACAGAUGUACAGACAGAGCGAGACUCUGUAUCGACAGGAAGUGAGUAGUAGUCCAAACCAGAAGACAUACAGACAAAGUGAUACUUUAUACACACAGGAAAUGAUUCGGCAGAGUCCAAGUCAAAAGGUUUACCAAAAAAGUGAGACUGUGUACACUCAGGAAGUCACUCAGAUCCCAACCCCUGGUGGGGACGGCUCUAUGAGUGUGCCCUCCCCCCACCCUCUAGUCCCUAGUAGUGCUAACCCCGUGUAUCCCCACGAUCAUGACUCCUCUCAGUCCUCAGGAUUCAGUAGUGACACUUCAAAAUCAAGACCCUACAACCCCCUACCUCCCAAACUACCCCAGGUAUCUAGUGACCGACCUCAAGGUGAGAGGUCAAGGACACCUGUGUUUGUAAACUGUGAGGAGGAGAGGGGGGAUUCCCCUCGGGAGUCUGGAUACAGCAGUCGGGAACACAGCAGCCACAGGAAUUCCCCUUGUGACACAAUCUUCCCCCCGGGACAGUACUCGGAGCAGGGGGAGGAUUAUAAAAAUCCGGGAUCCUCCUGUGAGGACAUCGCAUCCUACAAACACAACCUACAGCUGUCUCAAGCCCGAGUGCCGCGCCUCGUGGAGAACAGUCCCCGAGUGUACAAGGACGUCUCCACCAAAUACUCAGGAUUCACGGUGCCCCCUCCCAGUCGACCCCCACCCACCCCAUACAGCAGUCAGCUUCCAGUCUCAUCAGAUCAUUAUACCCAUAAUUCAUCUCACCAGUCCCAUAGUGCCACACCAUAUCACCAAGGACACCAUUCUAUGGCAAGGGAGACAACUUCAGAUCAUCCUCCACAUUUACAGCAGAAUCCAGCUCAGCAUCAGGAGAGGAGUGGAUCCCACCAGAUUUCCUCCGUAACUCAUCGUCAUAGUAACCACUAUUACUCGGGUGACAAUGUGAGUCCUACCCGAGAAAAGUAAUUAUAUUUUGCUUGUUUUGCUUCUGUAGUUCAUUAGAUCAGCAUUCUUUUAUAGCCUUGGUUUUAGUCUUGCAUCUAUAUAUCUUCUAUUGUGUGAUACCAUGAAGAGCUACACAGCAUCUUAUUUUACUAUGCAAUACU